AUGGAGCUGAAGGAUUUCUGUCUGAUGGACGAGCGUCACCUCUUCGCUCCACAUCGCCCCCCCUUCCCUAUGGACGCCACGCUCGCCUUCAGCCACUCCCAACCGGGUUUCCUCCUCGUCAGCCCGGCUCCUCCUCCUCUUCCUCCCUCUUCCUCCUCCUCCUCCAUCGGCGUUGGGGGCGGGGCUAUGGGAUCCCACGCCGACUCGUUUUCAGCGCAGGUGGACUCCAUCCUGAGGGGCGACUACCUGGCACCAGGGGGCGCUGCAGGGCCCAAGAGGCUCUGUCUGGUGUGUGGAGACUUGGCCUCCGGGUUUCACUACGGAGUGGCGUCCUGCGAGGCCUGUAAGGCGUUCUUCAAACGAACCAUCCAGGGCAACAUCGAGUACAGCUGUCCAGUGGCGAGCGAGUGUGAGGUCACCAAGAGGCGGAGGAAGGCGUGUCAGGCCUGUCGCUUCCACAAGUGUCUGCAGGCCGGGAUGAUGAGGGAGGGGGUGCGCUUGGACCGGGUCCGAGGGGGACGUCAGAAGUACAAGCGGCGGGUGGAGACAGGAAGGUGCAGUCACCUGAUCAGCAGCAGAAACAAGAUGGUUUCUCACCUGCUGCUCACUGACCCCGCCCCCCUGGCUGCCAAUCAGGACACCUCGACCAAUGACAGCAGCCUGAGCGCCCUGCUGACCCUGUGCGACCUCCUGAACCGCGAGCUGCUGGUUCUGAUUGGCUGGGCCAAGCAGAUCCCAGGCUUCUCCGGCCUGUCAUUGGUCGAUCAGAUGUCGCUGCUGCAAAGCGGGUGGAUGGAGGCGCUGCUGGUGGGCGUGGCCUGGCGAUCGCAGGAAGCGCCGGGGGAGGAGCUCGUGUUCGCCGGGAACCUGCGGUUGGACGAGGGUCAGUGUCGAGCCCUGGGAUUGGCCGAGCUGUACGAGGCGCUGCGUCACCUGACCAGGAAGUACCAGCUGAUGGACCUGAGUCCUGAGGAGGUGGUGACGCUGAAGGCCCUGGCCCUGGCCAACUCUGACGCCGACCCGGUGGACUGUCCCGACGCGCUGCAGCGGUUCCAGGACGCGCUGCACGACGCGCUGCAGGAGCACGAGGCGUCCAGCAGGGAGCGCCACCGCGCCGGCCGCCUGCUGAUGACACUCCCUCUGCUGCGCCAGGCCGCCGACCGGGGGGUGCACGCCUUCCUGCUCCUGCACCGCCAGCGCCGCGUCCCGCUCCACAAGCUGCUGCUGGAGAUGCUGGACGCCAAAGCCUGA